CUGAUUGGUCUGUUUGGCUUGUAGCUGUAGUAUUUCAGCGAUGAAAACCAAAUUAAUUUGGAAGCUAUUCUGUAUUAGCCAUUGAGCAUUGUCAGGAACAGUUAUUAGGUCUCGACUCUAUCUCUCAGUGUUUGAAGCACCAAUUAAUUAAAUUAAGCCUUAGCCAAAACCAAAAAAUAUUUGUGAUGGAGUCUUCCGACAAUAAUUGCAUAGUCAAGAUAUCGUCAUUUAACAUCUAGCUACCAGACGGCGUCGAAGGAAAUUUCCGGGACCGUAGAAAAUCGGUUACAAGACAUUUAUUGACAAUAGAAAAUCAUCAAGUUGUUGAUAAUACACAGGAAAGUCAGACCAUACCAUGGGGCUUUUAAGGAACUCCACAACAUCUCGAAUUUCCAGUGUCAUAUUUCCCUUUAAAACCAAGUAUCCAACUUACCGUUUAAGUUUUCAAUUCUUUCUCGGACGCCCCUUUGUAAAGUUGCUGUAUCUGAUUGGCAGCACUUGUUUUAUCAUUUUAAUCCAGUGGAACCUUCAGUAUAACCAAACAAAUAGGCCUACCACUCGUGACACUCCGGAGGUUGAUCGAGCAACCUGCUGUCAGCUCCCCAAUCAGACUGCGGACAUUUGUGGCCGACCGAGUUGCACUUUGCCAUGUGCACAGCCGCUUAAAAGCUACUUCAGCACGAAAUCCAGUUCUGGUCAAGAUAAAGACAAUGCCUUUUUCAUAGAAACGUCGGGCAACGGUGCGCUCAGUUAUCGACAGGCUUGCGCCGUUGAGUCCCUCGCCUUGCAUAAUCCAAAUUUAACAGUCAACGUACUUUUUACGGAUGUGAAAAUCAACGCCGAUCUCGAUACCGUGCAGAUACUCAUGGAGAACUACGCCAACGUCCAACUUAUCGACAUCAAGGUGGAUGAAUACAUGGCCGGAACACUGAUGGAGCAUUGGUACCAAUGCACAAAUUGGCGUAAAGGGACGUAUCACGUCAACAAUCUGAGUAACGCGCUCCGAUUGCUGACCGUUUACAAAUUCGGCGGUUAUUAUUUUGAUCUUGACAUCAUUUCUGUGCGCCCCGUCACGUCCUAUCGCAAUUUCGUUGCCGCCGUCGACCGCGAAAUUGUCAACAACAAUGUGAUUCAUGCGAAUGCAAAACAUCGGUUCAUUGAACUUGCCAUCAAGGACUUUGUCACCAACUUCAGGCCAGACUUGUGGGGUAACAACGGACCUGCUUUGAUUUUCCGCGUCUUGAAAACGUGGUGCAACUCCGAGGACCAUAAAUCGCUAGAAUACGUCAGCUGUCCUGGAUUUAAUGUCCUUCCGGCACCGUCGUUUCAUCCAGUCCAUCACUUCGAGAUGCAAAAAUUAUUCGAUGAACCAAUGGCCAACGAAACGGAAGAAAUGCCCAUCAGUUGGCUAACGGAGGACGUUGUGGGCGUCCACCUUUGGAACAGGAUGAACAAAGAUGACCCAAUCUACAAGAACGAGACACAUCCGUACAAACGGCUGGUUCGAGAUCAUUGCCCUCUCAUUUUUUCCAUCAUUCCGGAAAUAUUUUGAAGAAGCAUACAGCUUUAAAAAAUAAUUUUUUUUAAAUUAAACGUCAUAUUUUGGAAAAUACAGCAAAGGUUUGAAUAAG